AUGAAUAAACGAGACGACGAUGCGAGGAGUCAUUUCAAUUCAAUAACGUCUUGCAUGAGUAAUGUGAGAAUGAUGUUCGGUGCACGCACACUGCAAAGGCGUAAUUUCAUUCUGAAUAUAUUAUCAAUUGUGGGUGCAUACUGGAUUAUCUCGACACUCGUAUCACUUAAUAAUAUCACUGAAAAGCUAUCACCUGAGUUGAAGACAGGUUUAGAUGAAAAAGUGGUAAAUGAUGAGAAAGUGGUUCACAAGAACAAUGAUAUUGAGAGGAAAAGAGUUGAGGAUGAUAAGAAGCAAAUUGAAAAGGAUGAGAAAGUAGAUGAGAAGAUUAAUGAAGAGAAUGAGGCGAAUGCUGAUGAGGAUCAAAAAGAAGAGAAAUCGAAUAAUUUGGAAGAAAAUGAAAAGCCGAAUAUUCCACAGCCAGAUCGUCGUUUUUAUAAGGGCGAUAGUCCUAUUUAUCGAUAUGGUGAUCCAAAUCAAGCUGGAGAAUUGGGUAAACCAGUUGUAAUCGACAAAGAGGUUCAUCGCUUGUUCAUAUCAUUCCAAAAAAUUGCUUUCAAUUCAAAAUUGCUUUCAAUUCGUAUGGUGUAUGCUGAUAUAGAUCAUCUUUAA